GACUUCCGGUUCCGCCGGGGCCCUGCGGCGGCGUAGAGACUAAUGGCGGGGCCCACGGAACUUGCUGGAGGGGUCGUUAAGGAGACCGCAGCGGAAGAGGAACCACGAGUUCUGGAACCUGGGGCCGCCCCGUUCGGAAAUUUUCCUCAUUAUUCUCGCUUCCACCCUCCGGAGCAACGGCUCCGCCUUCUGCCCCCGGAGCUGCUUCGACAGCUCUUUCCUCAGAGUCCCGAGAACGAGCCGAUUCUGGGGCUGGACGUGGGGUGUAACUCCGGGGAUCUGAGUGUGGCUCUGUACAAACACUUCCUUUCCCUACCUGACGGGGAGACCUGCUCAGAUGCCUCAAGAGAACUCCGUCUCCUCUGCUGUGACAUAGAUCCAGUCCUGGUGAAGCGAGCCAAAAAAGAAUGUCCUUUUCCUGAUGCUUUGACCUUUAUCACCCUGGAUUUCAUGAAUCAGAGGACCCGGAAGGUUCUCUUGAGCUCUUUCUUAAACCAAUUUGGACGUUCAGUUUUUGACAUUGGCUUCUGCAUGUCAAUAACCAUGUGGAUUCAUCUGAACCAUGGGGACCAUGGCCUGUGUGAGUUCCUGGCCCAUCUUUCCUCCCUCUGCCGCUACCUCCUUGUGGAGCCUCAGCCCUGGAAGUGUUACCGGGCAGCUGCAAGGCGUCUCCGAAAGCUGGGACUCCAUGAUUUUGACCACUUCCACUCCCUUGCCAUCCGAGGUGAUAUGACCAAUCAGAUUGUGCAGAUCUUGACCCAGGAUCAUGGCAUGGAAUUAAUAUGUUGCUUUGGCAACACCAGUUGGGACAGAAGCCUUCUAUUCUUCAGGGCAAAACAAACCCCAGAGACUCAUCCAAUCCCUGAAUCACUGAUAGAAAAAGGGAAAGAGGCCGGGCACGAUGGCUCACACCUGUAAUCCCA